CUGGGCUGGGCCUGGGGAGGCCUUUCCCUCCUGGAGCUGAUCUUCCCAGGGUGGCCGCGUCGGCUGCUUUCUUUUUUUCCGAUUUAUUUUUUUUUAUUGGAAAGCAAGCGCUGGGCUUCGGGUUCCUGGGAUCCCUGGGCCUUAGCGUGCGCCACCAGGCCUCGCUGCGCCCCCUCCCCUACCCUGGCGCCCCUUUUUUCGUUCGCCGGUUCGUGUAACUUUCUGUCCUGGGCGCCUGCACUGCUGCUGAGGGUCGAGAUGGAGCGGUCUGGGUCUGAAGGUGUCAGCCCGGCCUUGUUGCUCGUGCUUCUGCUUUGGGAACCGCUGCUCCCCGCUGUGAGUUGGGAAAUGGACUCGGGGCGAAUGAACCUGGGUGUUCCCUCUCUGGGCUACACAUUCACAGUCAUUCCUAAUGGACAACCGUGGUGUGAAAUUCAAGGCCAGGUCAAUGGGAACACAUUUCUUCAUUAUACCUGUGGUGGCGACAGGGUCAGACUCAUCAGUGUCCUGGAGAUGAAUGCCACACCGGCCUGGAGUGAACAGAGAGACGCUCUGCAGUACGUGGUGGAGGAGCUCAAGAAGACCCUGCUGGACAUUAGAGCAGAGAUUCCUGCAACCAGCGGUCCUCUCUCCCUGCAGGGCAGCAUGAUGUGUGAGCAGGACUCCAAUGGACUCACCACUGCAUCCUGGGAGUUCGGACUGGAUGGACAGAAAUCUCUCCGCUUUGACACAAAGAACGGACACUGGACAGUGCUGCACGGUGAAGGCAUUCUGUUAAAGCAAACAUUGGCGAGUGACAGAGCUAUGACCGAUCUCCUUGUUAGGACCUCAACUGGAGACUGUAGGAAGUGGCUUCAACAAGUUCUGUGUCCCCUGAGCACACAAGCUGCACCAACCACUGCCACAGCCACAGUCCCGCCAAAGGCCACAACCAACACGCCCAUCCCUUCGGUCCUGCCUGUGAUCCUCACCUGCGCAAUAAUAGUUGGCCUCUUAGGCUGGGCCCUUAAGUAACAGGUACUGGGGCAUAAUUACAGGUACCAUGACAGGUACUGAUCGAUGGCACACGCACUUCCUGAGCAGCACUUCAAAACGUAUGAAGAAGUGCAAAAUUGGGUCUCUGAAUGGUUUGCCUCAAAACAAGGAAAGUUCUAUUGGGACGGUAUCCACAAAUUACCUGAAAGAUGGGGGAAAUGUGUAGCUUGCGAUGGACAGUACUUUGAAUAAAGCACUUUUGAUGUUUCUUCUGAAAUUAUUGUGUUUCCUUUGAUUACAAAAUCCGCAUUAUUAAAUGGUACACCCGACAAGAGCAGGGGAGCAUCUGUUGUGUUGAGGUGAGGAGUAUUAGGGAGUGAAAUGGAGAAGCCCUGUUAGGUAGAUAGUCGUCAUUCCCCUUAUUAACUUAUGAAGACUGAAAUAUAGAAAUACAACAGAAUAAGUUGUAUUUUUUUUUGAAAGAAAGUUCGACUGUGAUAUAAGCCCUGCCCUGACUCAGGCAUGGCUGGCCAAGAACCAGUGUUUACAACAGGAGCAGAGUGGGCUUUGGGCGCUUCUGAUCGUCUCAUGUGGAGUCACUGUUCGCCAGGGCAGGCAUGUCAAGUACUGUGUCAAGACCGAGGGAGUGGCGUGUGAGGCACCACACAGAACCACAGCCUGGGCACCUGCAUAAGGACUCCAUCCGGACACAGAUGAGUGGGGCCUCCGCUCCCGGUGGGCCAUAAGGACUCGGGGUCCGACCUCCCCAUGCUGGAGCCUGGUUGCAGCACAGGCAAUGCUCAGAGCUUUGCCAGAGUUCCCCCCAGAGGGGUGCGGUCGCCUGCGGUGCGACCCCCGCCGCUUCUCUCUCCACCCACAGACCCUCCAGUGGCUGGGAGUCUGUGCCUGAUGAUCGCUUCUAAGGAAGGCU